UCCUGUCUGCGCAAUAUCCAUUCGACAUCUUUCGUUCGUGCUCAGAAAAGGGAGGGGGUUCUCCCAAGUAGACCGACGGUUGCUGUUCUCUGCUCAACAGGGUUCUGCCUCAAAAAUCAGAUGUCUUUCCCACCGCCGUCUAGCAUACCCCUUGUCAGUUAAAACGUGCAGGGCUUGAAAGCGCGUUAUGGGGGACUUCCCAGUGCAGAAGCGAAGAGAAGAUGCCUGUAACACUGAUGCCAACACAAGGAGACACCCUUGGUUGGUGCGUACAGGGCCCAGUGACAGACGAAGAGGGACUUUAACCACCAACUCAGCUUAGGAGGAAGCCAAGAAUGAAGGUUUUCUAUCUCUCAGCCUUAUGGUAAGGCCAACAGAUCAGAGGUGACUGCCAUUGGAAAAACAGUUUGUUACAAUUUCCAAGAAGAGGGGCACAUCACCCAUGGAGGACCACAUAGAGAAAUGCCAGGGUCAGUCAAGAGGCAGAAGGAACAAGGGAAGCAUGGGCAGAAACCUUGAUUGUGGUUUCUAUGGGAAAGGCAAUGCAAGUUUCUCAAUUACUAUGCUUGAGUGUGCCAUCUGCUGUUUUCUGAUGGAUAUGGCAGCGACUGAGUUUUUUGGCUAAAGGCAGGAGAGCAAAACAAACGUCCGAGGUAGGUGAAAUGAAGCAAAUCUUGGAUGGGGCAUUAGCUGGGCUUGUUACACCUACCCAGGUUGCUCCUGACACCAUUUCUGAUCAUGAGUCCUCAUCAAUGUUAGUAUAUAUCAUAAUCCCAACCUCAGGGACUAUAUACACAGAGAGCACCAAUUUUUUUUUUCUUUUUAUUUAGUUCAGUUUUUAAUUUAGGAUAACUCAAGCAAUAAAGUUCUACCCAGUUUAAUUCUUUUUUUUUAAUUGUUUUUUAACGUUUUUAUUUAUUUUUGGGACAGAGAGAGACAGAGCAUGAACGGGGGAGGGGCAGAGAGAGAGGGAAACACAGAAUCGGAAGCAGGCUCCAGGCUCUGAGCCAUCAGCCCAGAGCCUGAUGCGGGGCUCGAACUCAUGGACCGCGAGAUUGUGACCUGAGCUGAAGUCGGACGCUUAACCGACUGAGCCACCCAGGCGCCCCUACCCAGUUUAAUUCUUAGUUUAAGCAACAUAAAAAGCUCUAAGCAUGGGACUUCAUUCAUAUAGUCAUUCAUUCAUUCAUUCAAAACUAUAGGAGCACUGUAGGUUGUCAUUUUCCAAACAUGAAUAAAUCAGGUCAUGUUUUGUUUUAAAAAUAUUUUGCAACUCUUUCGAUCUGUGUCUCCCUCCAUAAUUCAACUUAUUACUAUCUUAGUUUCCUCUUAAAAUAUAAUUGGUGCUACUAAUUUCACAAGAUUUGGAGGAAACUCAAAUAUGAUAAUGUCCAAAAUAGCUAUGAAAAGCGUCAUGUGCUAUAUAAAUAAAUAGGUUGUAGUUGUUAAAAUUUCUAUUACUGGGUCUUAUUCUUACCAAUAGUUUCACAUUGAUGAGAGAGAGGGGCAAUCUUAUCUUCACACAUAUGCAAAACAACUAAGCAUUAGUGUAGAAAUGGAAUGAUCUCAGCUUUUAGUCUGUAAUGUGUUUAAGCACUUUUAUGUUUUUGAUCAAAAUAUUUUUGUUUUUUUGUAACAGGACUACUCUAACUUAAUUUCCAUUGUAUGUGAGCAAGUUACUAACCAAGGAUAAGCACCAGCUAAAAUAAGUAUUCAGUCAACAUUAGUUUUUUCUAUAUUUCUAUAAUUUUGAAAGUAUACGAUCCCAUGUUAUUAAUAUGGAGUCUAAUUGAUAUUCACAAGCAUGAAACCUGGAUUUAACAUGUAAGGCUCCACGCCAAGUGUGGAGUCCAAUGUGGGGCUUGAACUCACGACCCUGAGAUCAAGACCUGAGCUGAGAUCAAGAGUUGGAUGUUCACUUGACUGAGCCACCUAGGCGCGUAAAGGACAGAGCAAGAAUGAGGAAGAACCAUGUGUGGAUACAGCAAGAAGGCGGCCAUCUGCAACCCAAGGAGAGAGUUCUGACCAGACACUGCCCCUGCCGGCACCUUGAUCUUGGACCUUCAGUUUCCAGAAUUUUUGGAAACUUUAGCGGUCAGAUGCCAGGAAUGCAGCUGCAGAUAGGACAACCAAUGCCAGGAACAGGGCCAGACCUGCUCCCCGGUGGAUACCCAGCAUAUUCUGACAGUUAUUCCUCAGCAGGAGACCCCAUGUGGACAUACUUCACUGCUGUUGCUGGACAGGAUGGUGAAGUGGAUGCUGAGGAACUUCAGAAAUGUUUGACACAGUCUGGAAUUAGUGGAACUUACUCACCCUUCAGUUUGGAAACCUGCAGAAUUAUGAUCGCCAUGUUGGAUAGAGAUUACACAGGAAAAAUGAGGUUUAGUGAAUUCAAAGAACUUUGGGCAGCUCUUAAUGCCUGGAAGCAAAACUUCAUGACUAUUGAUCAAGACCAAAGUGGCACAGUGGAACAUCACGAAUUGAAUCAAGCCAUCGCUGCUAUGGGUUAUAGGUUGAGCCCUCAAACAUUAACUGCUAUUGUUAAACGGUACAGCAAGAAUGGCAGAAUCUUCUUUGAUGAUUAUGUGGCUUGCUGUGUGAAGCUUCGAGCACUGACAGAAGAAGACCGAGACUUAGACAAAAUGCCAAGAUGGAGGAAUUUAUCCCAAAUGAAAAAACAAGAUAAGGCCACAGCCAGAGAUCUAAGCAAAACAAAUAUUUGUUUAGGAGAAGAGACCACUUGCAACAAGGGGUUGUGAAUUUUGUGUAUGAUGAUUUUUUGCAGGGUACUAUGGCAAUUUGAAUGUCUAGAAUUUGAAAGCUGAAGAAAUACUGUGAAUUUUUUUUACUUGGAAGAUAUGAACUGGACUACUUUGAAUUUAAUGCUUUUUUGGCUUUUCCAUGUUUCUACCUUGUUAUAAGUCUGUCCUAUUUCUGUGUGUUUUUACUUUAGUGCAUAAUUUAAAGCAAUACAAGAAAUGUUUUUGUAUUUGGAAUAGUAGUGCUUUUAGGAAAGCUGUUCACUUAACAUAUCUUAGUAUCAUAAAACAUUGGUAUAUGAUGAAUUGAUGUAAAUACCUUUUAGCCUUAAUUUUCAACAUUGUAAAUCCAGAAGAAUGUAUUUACAAGAUAGAUUAUAUAAGAAGCCAAAUGUGAAAGCCUAGAUAAAGCUAAUGUAUACUUACCUGAAGGUUACAAAUUAUACAUUGAAUUUUUUUUCCUCGUUGUUGGUUUUGAAGGUGAACUAGAAGAAGUCUGGAUUUUGUGCCAUAUUUGUAGAAGGGUUUCUUUAUUCCUUGAUUGCAUAAUUUAAGAAGAGAAACUCACUGGUCUUUGCCUAUGAAGAAGAAAAUCGUACUUCCUAAAAUUUUGUAUUACGUCACCUUAAGUAGAUGGCAAAUUAAUAUAUAGAGAAAUAAGGCUAUAGGAAGCAUUUUUUUCCUUUAUUUUUUUCAGUGUAUAUUUUUCUUCAAUAUGCUUUAUUAUCUUCUGUGGAAAAAAAAGUUCUUAACAGAACAUACAUUUUCUCUCUGCAUUUUUUUUUUUCAUUAGUGAUGACCUAGAGGGCCUAAAAUGGCAUCUUCCUUUUAAAUCUAGACUUUUUGGAAGUGACACAUAUUUUUAAUGAGAUGUCAACAUUUCAAUGUAUUCUAUUAAACUAAAUUGUUUCAUAUAUAAUGCCAACUGUUUACAAAGUUAAAAAAAUCAAGUAAUCUACCAAUUUGUUUAGAUAUUCAGAAACUGUAAGUUCACCUUUCUUGACAACAUUAGCUGCAGGUUUUGGCAUUGCUAAACUGGCAAGUCGUUGAACGCAGGUGUAUAAUGUGGGGGGUACUGACCACAGCAGGCACCACACCCUGUUUCAGAGUGGCAUCGCUGUGGAGAUUGCAAAGUGGUCAUCACAUCCUUAGCAUUUCAGAUCCCUGAUAUGAGCCUGUUGUAGUUAAUCCUGCCCCUUUCCUUGCAAACACUCUUAAGUCUUUCUUAAUGAAGAUUUGAAACACCAUGUGUUUUUCUUACACCUUAACUGAAUGUCUUCCAGCUUCAAAUGCGAGUACAAAUUGACGUAAUUUUAGUAUGACUGGUGACCAAAUUAAUUAUUCUUUUUAGAAAAUUCCGGGUUUCUUAAAGGAUGGAGGAUGAAUGGUAGCAUCUUGAAAAAAAAAAAGUUUCAUAAACUUACAGAAUUUUAAAUCCACUUUUACUUUCAACAGUCCUGGAAAGGAAGUAUUGGGUAGUCAUUUUGACGUUAUAUUUUUAUAUAAUUAGUUGUCAGAUUCAUUUGGUCAGCAGUAUAAACGUGUGAAUAAAUAAUCCAUAUACUUUUGUCCUCUGGCUGCUAAUUUUUUUUCCAUGAACAUAUAUUUGAUAAUGUGAGAGGAUGUUAACUGAGGUAUAAAAUAAAAUACAGCAUUCUAAUUAGAAGUGUUGUAGAAGAAACUAAUGUAAACACACUCUUACAUCGUUCAUGUUGAAUGAGGAGGAUAAUAUGACUCAGCAGCCUGGUAUCUUAACAUCCAGCUUAUAGGUAAUUGCAUUGCUGUACCGUUCUGACGUCAGUUAUAAUUUUUCUUGCUUGUAGGCUAAUGGUUGAGGCUAAAAACUUUAAAAAUGAUAUAUGAUAGUAUUCAUUUAAGUUUCUGCCAAAUGACACUUUGCAUUAGAACUCUUCAUAUGAUUCUCUAACUCGUCCUUUUCCAAAGGUGUUUCUGUGAAUUUUGGUCAUGGUCAGUCUGUGAAGCCGUUUCAGUGACCAAACAUAUUUGGGAAAUUCUCACCCUUUUCAGGGAGCUUGGUAAAGCCUAAGGUCCAUAAAAUCCUGUUUAUUUCUGUUUGACAUAGUUCCAAAAAUUUUUGACCACAGAACUCCUUUCUCUAGCAGAACUAAUUUUCCAUGCCAAUCCAACUUGUCAGACAGUUCUUUUGCACUGUCCAUUAACUAGAUAAUCUUAUAAAACGUUAGGCAUAGAGGAUAUUUUAGAUGGAGUUUUUAUACCGAAAUGCAACUCACUUUUUGAUGCCUUAAAGAUAAUUGAUGUAAACAGACAUCCAUUACUAAAGUAAAAAUUAAAUAGUCUUAUGAUGAACAAGGACUGGAAUAUGAAUAUAGUAUGGUAGUUUGUACUGGUUAACUCACACCGAGUUUUCUUGUAAAGAGGAAAAUAUUGAAUAAUGUACACUCUUAACAUCUAAGUGCUUUUAUUUAUACAGUAAACAUGUUUCCAUGUCAUUUUGAGAAUUUUUUAAUAAACAUUCAAAUAGCUUGCUGUAAAGUUUUGUAUCAUACAAAAUCUGUUAACAUAUAUGAGAUGCUUCAGUUCAAAUAACAGUGCAGUAAUUCACCUCCGCCUAAAAAACUGCCAAAUGGUUCAAUGUCAGAUGUUGCACUUCUAUUUUGAGUGGCAGUUUACACCUUUUAAAUUAUAUCAAGGGGAAAUAAAUACUGUUGGAAUCUUAAUUUGGUCCACUUUAAAGUAAUUUCAAGGACUGUGCUCAUUUGAUCUAUGUAAGCAUGCAUUCAGAAACAAAAAGUAAUUUAAAAGUGUCAAAUAAUAUAUUUAUUUCCAGAAAAGGUAUUCACCCUGGAAGAAAGUAGAAUUCAUUAAUGAAGUUCAAAGUCUGUGCAGUUUAAAAAAUGACAAACAUCAAUUUAUAAUUCUUUCUCUAAGGAAAAUAUACAAAUCAAGUUCACUUGUACUCUUCCGGCAUUACUAAACUGGACAAACUAAAUGAAUACAAUUUGUCAGAAAUGUGCUUUUCUUUUGUACUUUUGACGAAUUCAUAGAUGAUAUGUUUUCUCGAAUUUGUAGCAGUUUUCUGGGAAAUUAAUAGGUAUAAAUUUGUGAACAUCUGGUAAUUAAAUCUAGUGAGUAAAAAUCCAAGACUUCUUUCACGUUAGCAUUUUUUCUUUUCUUUUAAACUUUAAAAUGCAGCCAUGGGUGUUUUAUUACUUUGAAACUUGUAUUAAAAAACCACAUCUUUUUGAUUUUGUAAGCACUUUGAAAUAAAUGUACAAUUCUAAGCUAUCA